AUGAGCGGAACGGGGGCCACCGUUUCGGCUGCGCCGACGGCCAGCGGCGUCGUGAGUGGAGGACCGAGUUACCUGCCGCUCGCUCUCGUGGAUAAGUGCAUUGGCAGCCGCAUCUGGAUCAUCAUGAAGGGCGACAAAGAACUCGCCGGAACGCUCCGCGGCUUUGACGACUUCGUCAACAUGGUGCUGGACGACGUGACUGAGUAUACAUUCACUCCGAAGGGCGUCAAGAAGACCAAGCUGCAAAGCAUUCUGCUGAACGGUAACAACAUCACCAUGCUCGUGCCUGGCGGCGAUCCCGAAGAGGCCGAGGACGCCGAGGCUGCGGAGGGCGCGGCCCAGGUUGACGCGUCCGCGUAA